AUGGCGUCCCCCCAAACCCUGCUCUUCUGCCUGCUGUUCCUGGUGAUCACUGAAGGCUGGGGUCGGCAGGUGGCCAUCCCAGGCUGCCACUUGCACCCCUUUAAUGUGACAGUGCGAAGUGACCGCCAAGGCACCUGCCAGGGCUCCCAUGUGGCACAGGCUUGUGUGGGCCACUGCGAAUCCAGUGCCUUCCCUUCCCGGUACUCUGUGCUGGUAGCCAGUGGCUAUCGACACAACGUCACCUCCAUCUCGCAAUGCUGCACCAUCAGUGGCCUAAGGAAGGUGAAGGUGCAGCUGCAGUGUGGGGGGGACCGGAGGGAAGAGCUGGAGAUCUUCACGGCCAGGGCCUGCCAGUGUGACAUGUGUCGCCUCUCACGCUACUAGCCCAGCCUUUCCCCACCUCCCUCCCCUUGGUCAGAGGGAUUGAGUUGGGGUAUAUCCC